AUGAAGUACCCAGUGACCGCCCAGGACAAGUUCAACUACGAGCGCGAGGAAAUCGAGAAAUGGCAGAAACAUUCACCCUAUUCGCCGCAGACCAACAAACUGAUGGGUACCGAACUGGUGCCAAACAAGCCUCUGAAGGAGGCCAUCGAGAAGCUCAUGCAAUGGAUGGAGAACCCGAGCAACCAUAUCGAGAUCACUUGGCCCGCGCAUGGGAUGCAAGCUGCCUCCGAGCAGCGGUCUGUCAUCCUGGAGGCCAGCGUGGCCGCAAUGGGAGGCCCACCACAGAAGAAAACCCGCUGCGACAGUAGCCAGACGGUGACCAUGUCCAACGCGUUGAGCAAAGCCUUCCUGGAGCUCGAUUCCAUUCGCGACCUCUUGUCGUGCGUUCUCGACGGCUGGACUCCGCCCAAAAUUGUCAUCAUCGGCGACGAGAGCGCUGGCAAGUCGACGAUCUUGGAGCAGCUGUCCAUGUUGCCUGUCUUCCCCCGCACGAGGCGCUUUUGCACCCGGAUGGCCGUCCACGUGCGAUUGCGGCGGGUUGGGUCUAUAAGUGCCACCUUGUCCGUGUACGCGCUGCACCCGUCUGGCAAGCAAGAGUUGAUAGAAACACGUGAGAAAGCCGAGGCUACCGCGUCCGUCCUCAAGAAACAACUCGAGAGCGACGCCGCGACGGGCGCGCACAGCAUGUAUGUCGCCGUCGUGCCUGCUGGCGGAGACGUCCGCCCCUGCACUAACAACGCGAUGAGGUUCAUACAGGACCACAAGCUAGAGAGCAGUACGUUUGGCGUGUUCUCGAAGUGUGACCAGACUUCUAACGCAGACAUACUUUGUUCCUUGGUGACUGGCAGAGCCAGUAAGGAGGGAGACUCCCCAGCUGAGUUGGGUGCGGUGGAUGUGGGCAAGGGGUGGGUGACCACUAUGCUGAAGCCGCCUCUGGGCGAUGAGUUCCAGACGCACAAUUUCGAGCGUCUCCAGAUCCAGUUGAAUGAAGACAAGAGCUUCUUCAGCAAAGGCGAGUUCAAGCACAUCGUGGAGUGCAAUCAGAAGCUUAAGUACCUCUUCAUGAAGAAUGUGCUGCUCGAGGAUCUGUGCAAGCCCGUGCGGGCCGCGCUCGGCAGGCUGAGCGGCAGGCAGGUGGAGUUCGACGUGUCCCGUGAAAGAGCGGCGUGUGCAAAAGCGGAAUUGCUGGCUCUUACCGACAAGGCCUGCACAGACAUGUACGCCUUCUGGCUGCCUGAGUUGAGAGGCAUCAUCACUGCCGAAAGCAAGUUUGACGAGAUCGACGGCGACAUUGUGACGGUGUUCAGGGAAGUCCGCACAAGGCUUUUUGGUAAGAAGCCUAUCCAGGAGCUUCGCCGCUGCAUCAAGGAGAGACCCCUGAUCCAGUUGAGCAACUACGCGGAUUUCACCGAGGCCGUCGUGCUAAAGUGCAAGAAUCUCUUCGCAGACGACGAGAAGGAUCUCAAGGUGCAGGUCGGCAGCUUGAUCCAGCGCCUCUUCGACCCAGGCCCUCAGUGGUUGAAAUUCCGCCCUGAGCUGGCUAGCGGUGCUGUCAGCAGGAUGGUGACGGUGGAAUGCGAUGUCGAGCGCUUCACCGAGGAGCUGGUGUACCUCUUCCAGAGCAGGAUGCCCUCGCAGACCAUCUUUCGCAAACUGACCAGCGACGUGGCGGUGGGCGCCGAGGAUGCGGACGCGAUGUCGAAGUUCAAGAGCAUGCGCGAGGAUAUUCAGAAGAUCGAGGCGGCCAGGGACGGCAUCCGGAAGGCCUUCUCCAUCAGCGACCAGGCAUUCGCCGAGAUGAAGAGGAAGUUCGACGCGGAGGCUGCAGCCUAA